AUGCUACCGACCACAGUCACAACAUGUUCGAAGUUGCUUAUAUCUAAGCGAAGUAUCAACUACUUGGUUUCGGCACUUCCUAAGCCCGAGCAAAUAGAACAAGACAAACCAAAACGAAGAAUAAAGAAACCUGUCGUCAAACGACUUAAGCUUAAUGAUUUUAUGAAACAGAUCAUUAAACCAGAUGAACUAAACAAGAUUUUUCAAGGCUCAGAUUAUGCUCCUUUCACGGGUAGUCAAGCGAAGAAGGCUCAAGAUUUCUUCAAUUUGAACAAGCCUCAACUUGAAUGGACCCUUGCUGAAUAUGAAGAAAUUCCGGAUGUGAAAUAUGCUCGUCUUGUGAAAGAACGAAAAGAAAGCUACGAUAGAAUGGAUCCAAUUAAUAAAACUGAUUAUCAGAAGUCUUUAAUGAUGUCUAAAAAGACUUUUGGUAUCCCUGGUCUAUAUUUGAAACCGUUUCCGGAGGUGCUAUUUUUAGGUCAUACUAAUGUAGGUAAAUCAUCGUUGAUAAAUAGUUUAGUGACUCGUGGGAAAAGUGAAAAAGUUACCGAUGUAGCAUAUGUGUCAUCUCGUGCUGGGUUUACAAAAACUUUGAACUGUUUUAAUAUUGGCAAUAAGCUCAGGCUUAUGGAUAGUCCAGGGUAUGGGAAAUUUGGGGAUAUACAACAAGGAGAAAUGGUUACGGAUUAUAUUUCUAGAAGACAUUUACUAAAGAGAGUGUUUUUAUUGAUAGAUUCAGUGGAAGGAUUUAGACAUGAAGACUUAACUAUUCUUAACCAUUUAGUUGAGGAAGGUGUUCAAUUUGAUAUUGUGUUUACAAAGACGGAUGUGGUAAUUGAGAAGCAUAUGCCUCCCAAAAAGAAGUUUACAACAGUAGCAUCCAGAGAAGAAGACGAGAAGUUACUUGCAUCGAUUAAGAAUGGAAAUGAAAAGGUGAUCGCUCAUUACAAUGAAAUAAUCAAUGGAACGGUGCUUGGUCUGAUGACCCUUUUUUCACGAUUUCUCUUCACUAAUGCAGGUACUAACAAACAUAUUGUUCAAGAAUACGGCAAAAAGGAAUUACGAUGCGUAGUUCUUGAAACUUGUGCAUUACUUUAA